UUGCUAUUUUAGCAUUUGAACUCCAGUAAAUCUUAUUACUAUAUUAAUGAAAUUGCCAAAAUGACAGGUGAGAGAGCCAAUGAUCUUGCAAAAAAAUGUAACCUUUUACGUGGCGCAGGUGUGUCUCCGCAUGUUUGUGGUGUGAACGCUUCUGGUCGGCGUUACCGACGUUAUGUUUACGGAACCUGCAAUCUUCCCUGCCGUCCGUGUGUUUUAUCUGCAAACAAGCCGCCGCUGCAACUCCGCGCAGGUCACGGGGAGGCCUCCUUGUCUGCCGUGACCUUGGCAGGCGUCGUUAGCUAGGCAUCUUCGGCCGUGCUAGCCGGACUCGCGGACGAUGUGGUGGAGCGCGGUGGCUUUUUAUGGGUUUUUGCGGAAGCUUUCCGCUUCGGUCCCCGUGCUGGUCCCAGAAAUAGAAAAGAGAACAUUGAGUUGCGGAUCUCUGGAGUAUCUUUCCCUUGUUUGACCCCCUCCCAUCCUGUGACAGCUCUCCUCGAUGUCCUUCUCCAUCCUUCCCCCACAUGCUCUUUCAUUGACUGACAGCAGAUUGAUCCUGUUUUAUUUGUUUAUUUUUUGCCAGUAACUGCUAAUAUUUUCACUUUCAACACUUAAAAGUAUUUAUCAUGUGAUAUGCGGCCUUGCUGAUGCAGUGGGAUGUUUUGCUUGGGUGUCCUAAAGUAAAGGUCACUGCGUUUGAGGUGGGCACACAUCUAAAAGCGAACAAGAAGGGGGCCAUUGUGUGUUGUCAGCAUGUUUAAAAGUUGCUUUGAGCGUAAUUUCUUGGCUUGGACGAACAAUAUGUCUUAAUUUUUGUCCAUAAAUAGGACAUGCAGUAAAUGUAGCCCUUGCUUUGAUUGACAUAUUAAGGUUCCGGUCCAUGUUUUUUAUUUAUUUUUAAUUUUUUUGCAAGUUGCUUAAGUGACGCCAAUUGUUGCACUCAUACCUGCUUUCAACAACCAUGCAUUGAUGACACGGUGCUAGCAAGCUAGCUACCCCGCAUGCAGCGUCGUACCUGUGUCCGCCCAGCAAGGAUGAAUGAGAAAGCAAGGGCAAACGCUGCGCGUGCGCGCACGCACGAGACAGCGCGUCCGCUCGCCGUGCGCUCGUACUUUAAAAAUCAUGCGGAGGCAAAACACGCGGCGUCCGCACUGACACCCGCCCCGGCCAGUGAGUGCCGGCGCGGCCGCUUGCGUCACGGCGUCGUCGGCCAAUGGCGGAGCGGCAGAGGCGGGGCCACGGGAGACAUUUAGUUUGACAUUGUAAAUAAGAGCAGAGCAGUUGCCAGAGAGCAGCCCGUGGAAGCUUUCUCGCUCGGGGGAGCCGGAGGAAGGAACAAUGCGGAGCCGCGUAGAUCAUGUCCGCAGAUUCCUUCGGCGCCGGCGGCAGCGAUGCCCAGCAGACACUGCAGUCCUUCUGGCCUCGCGUCAUGGAGGAGAUCCGGAACCUGACUGUGAAGGACUUCCGCGUGCAGGAGUUGCCCCUGGCUCGAAUCAAGAAGAUCAUGAAGCUGGAUGAGGAUGUCAAGAUGAUCAGCGCCGAGGCUCCGGUUCUGUUUGCCAAGGCGGCGCAGAUAUUCAUCACAGAGCUCACCCUCCGAGCGUGGAUCCACACGGAGGACAACAAGCGACGCACGCUACAGCGCAACGACAUCGCCAUGGCGAUAACAAAGUUUGACCAGUUUGACUUCCUGAUAGACAUCGUGCCCCGAGACGACCUGAAACCGCCCAAGCGACAGGAGGAGAUGCGUCAAACCGUGGCCCCAGCAGAGCCUCUCCAGUACUACUUCACCUUGGCCCAGCAGCCAGGCGCUGUGCAAGUGCAGGGCGCCCAACCGGCCCAGCAGGCCGGCUCGCAAGCGGCCGCCACCAUCCAACCCGGGCAGAUUAUCAUCGCGCAGCCGCAACAAGGACAGAUGCUUCAAGGUGCCACCAUGCAGCAGUUACAGCAAGUGCAGGUGCAAUCACAGGGCACACCCAUCACGAGCGCCCCUGUGGCCAUGCAGGUGGGAGACGGCCAGCAGGUGCAGAUCGUCCAAGCCACCGCAGCCCAGGGCCAAGCUCAGACGGCCCAGGCGCAGGGCCAGACCAUGCAGGUCAUGCAGCAGAUCAUCACCAACACGGGAGAGAUCCAGCAGAUUCCGGUGCAGCUCAAUACAGGCCAGCUGCAGUACAUCCGUUUGGCACAGCCGGUGUCCGGGGCGCAGGUGGUGCAAGGACAGAUUCAAACCCUCGCCAACACACAGCAGAUCACACAGACCGAAGUCCAACAAGGGCAGCAACAGUUCAACCAGUUUACCGAUGGCCAGCAGUUGUACCAGAUCCAGCAGGUGACGGUGCCGGCGGGCCAGGAGCUGACUCAGCCCAUGUUCAUCCAGUCCAGCAACCAGACGGCCGACGCGCAGGUCACUCAGGUCAGCACGGACUGAGCCGCCCGCCGGCCACGCUCCGAUACGCCGCGGCCGGCCAUCUCCUCGAGAGCAGGGAUGUCUUUUUAGUGACCAAUCAGAAGCCAAAGGGAGACUGAUUGACCCCACCGCCCCCUCCGCCCCCCCCUCCAUCACCAUCAGCAAUCGUCAGUAGGUUUUUGGUUUUAUACCUUUUUUGAUACGCCCCUCCACCCUUUCACUGCCAUCAUGCCAGCGUUUCGUCUCAGUCGGGAACAAGUCACAUGACUGAUGACCCCCCCCCCCCUCCCCCUCCCUUCCCUGUAGGUGUUUCAUCUUUCCCAGCUUCUUUUUUUGUACAGUGAUAAUACGAACAGUCGUGACGUUCUUCUCGCAUGUGGUCCAAACUGCCAGCAUGACAUGCAAAUAGAUAAGUAACAAUUGUAUUUUUUUCACCUAACCUUUUUCUAAGCAAAUCUUCUUUGUGACAAAACAUUAAAAAAAAUGUGUAAGAGUUGUUGUUUUUUUUUUUUUUUCUUCUUCGUCAAAAUUGUCCUUACUCACCAUGAAUGAAUAUUGCUGUUGUGUUUGUAGGCGAGCGCUCCGUGUGCGCGUGCUCGUGUGUCACCCUCCAAACCCCUCCCACUUCACUCCCGCUACAGGAUAAUAAGGUAGACUCAUCACGGCGGCUUUAACCGCACUUGGAGUUCAAUACAACUGUUGCAUCACCGAUGCCUCAUUGGUGGAGCUACUAAAACAAUAACACCCCAUUCAUAAAUGACCUUAUGAUGCUCUGAUUGUGCUGUUUGUUUACACAAAGCAGGCGGUCGUUAGAUGGAGGAUGUCCGAUUACAUUACAUCAAACUUCAUUGAGGGAAAUGAAGGUUCCAAUGGUAGCAACACCGCAUGCAGCAUAUAAGACGUAGCAGCAGCUUAAUAUGUUAUAAAUAACACGUUAAUAACAGCCAUU